CCUUACCUCAACACUUCACUCCAUGGCAGUUCCCGAGACCCGCCCUAACCACACUAUUUAUAUCAACAACCUCAAUGAGAAGAUCAAGAAGGAUGAGCUAAAAAAGUCCCUGUACGCCAUCUUCUCUCAGUUUGGCCAGAUCCUGGAUAUCCUGGUAUCACGGAGCCUGAAGAUGAGGGGCCAGGCGUUUGUCAUCUUCAAGGAGGUCAGCAGUGCCACCAACGCCCUGCGCUCCAUGCAGGGUUUCCCCUUCUAUGACAAGCCCAUGCGUAUCCAGUACGCCAAGACUGACUCAGAUAUCAUUGCCAAGAUGAAAGGCACCUUCGUGGAGCGGGACCGCAAGCGGGAGAAGAGGAAGCCCAAGAGCCAGGAGACCCCAGCCACUAAGAAGGCUGUGCAAGGCGGGGGAGCCGCCCCCGUGGUGGGGGCUGUCCAGGGGCCUGUCCCGGGCAUGCCGCCGAUGACUCAGGCGCCCCGCAUUAUGCACCACAUGCCGGGCCAGCCGCCCUACAUGCCGCCCCCUGGCAUGAUCCCACCGCCAGGCCUUGCACCUGGCCAGAUUCCCACUGGAUCCAGGGCUCCUGUGCUCACCGACUCCCCUACACCCUCGCAGCUUUCCGAGAAUCCACCGAAUCACAUCUUGUUCCUCACCAACCUGCCAGAGGAGACCAACGAGCUCAUGCUGUCCAUGCUUUUCAAUCAAUUCCCUGGCUUCAAGGAGGUCCGCCUGGUCCCUGGGCGGCAUGACAUCGCCUUUGUGGAGUUUGACAAUGAGGUACAGGCAGGGGCAGCUCGUGAUGCCCUGCAGGGCUUUAAGAUCACACAGAACAAUGCCAUGAAGAUCUCCUUUGCCAAGAAGUAGCACCUUUUCCCCCCCAUGCCUGCCCCUUCUCCCGUUCUGGGGCCACCCCUUUCCCCCUUGGCUCAGCCCCCUGAAGGUAAGUCCCCCCUUGGGGGCCUUCUUGGAGCCGUGUGUGAGUGAGUGGUCGCCACACAGCAUUGUACCCAGAGUCUGUCCCCAGACAUUGCACCUGGCGCUGUUAGGCCGGAAUUAAAGUGGUUUUUUGAGGUUUGGUUUUUCACAA